GAGAUAUCUAAUCUGCCAGCCCACGUUGUUCUUCGGAUCAACGCCUAGCUGCGGUAUGCCCAAGCGUCAGACUCGGGUUGGCAACUACCAUUUCCAGCUCACCGAGGUGAUUUUAGAAUCUCGUGUUAACUUUCAGACUGACUGAGCAAACUUUUUCAUCGAGUCGCUUUGCUCGUCGUAAACAUAAGACAAUGUCAGCCUUAAAUGAUCCUCCGAUAUCCAACCAGGCGUAUUCGUUUGAGCUGGUUACAUUGAACAAUGCGGCCACCUGCAUAUUUUGUGUCAUGGAAACUUCCUCGCAUGCAAUUUUCACCCUGCAAUCAUACGAGAUCCGCCGAGUGUUAGCUCAACUAUGAAAACCUUUUUCUACGGUUCAAAAUUGCAGCCUCGGAUUGCAACGAUAUAAACAGUCUCGCUCCUCUUGUCCUCAUCUUGAUUCAUCAAAUCGAUCACCAACGAACACCAUGAAUCCUCUCAUCCCAUUGCCAGCCCUCGCAGACCCCUUCUAUCGCAACGCCCUCGCACGCCAGGCACUUCUGCCGCGGACUUGGCCUCUGGCUCAAUGCACCACACAUGGUCACGGCCACUGCCCCACUAGUUGCUAUCCAAGAGACAUACACUCCCACAAUCAUCACAUGACCUCACCAUUCAACUCAAAACAUCGAUGUCGAUCCCGCGGCCGCGACCGAGAUUCCUGCUCAAGAGAACGUUCUUGCUCCUGCCAUCGUUGUCGCUCCCGAGAGCGUUCUUGUUCGAGAGAUCGCCAUGCCCACUCCAGAUGUCACUCAAGGGAGCGUCGAAGUUGCUCUUGUCCCUUGUCGGAUAGAUGCUCUUGCAGUUUAGAAACCUUCCGCGUAAAGGUGGCGCCAGACCGCCGUGAUUUGUUCCGCAGUGACACUUCAUCCGAUAUCAUCAUCCCUUUCGGCUGGCAAGUGGUGGAUAUAUAUGAUUUCAUUGAGCAGAGGGCUGGGAUGGGAAGGGAUUUUGAGGUCUACAUUGAGAUGAGAGAUGGCACAAGGAUACCCCUGAAGAGCUGUAGCGUAACGGAAUUGUACUUGCUGCACAAGGAGGGUCAGGUAGAUGGUUUGGUAUAUGAGAGACCUUUGGGAUUAGGUAUGGGAGUAGGUCUGGGAGUGGGCGGACUUUUGGGGAGAAGGGGGCUGGGAGGACUUGGUUUGGUGGACUAGUCCUUUGAUGUUUUUGACGAGGUGCAGUGUUUUGCUGUGUAUGGAUAGAAUAUGACUUUUUGUAUGGAAUUUGGACCAGGGCCACCUAGUAGACGAAUAUGAAAUCCUCGUUCUUUAAAUCCGUCUCGUCGUCGAAUGCUUUCUCUCCUCCUUCCCUACCUGUCCCUUCAUCGACUUCAUCGCUGACGGCGCGUUCUUGAGCGUUC